AUGGAGCUUGAAUGCGAAAUUGCAAACUCCCCGAGCACUUCAGGAACCCCCAGGGAGUACAAGGUGGUGAUGCUGGGAUCAGGCGGAGUGGGCAAAAGUGCAAUGACCAUGCAGUUCAUAAGCCAUCGGUUCCCUGACUACCACGAUCCCACCAUAGAGGAUGCGUAUAAAACGCAAGUACGGAUAGAUGAUGAACCUGCCUAUCUCGACAUCCUUGACACUGCAGGACAAGCAGAAUUCACAGCCAUGAGAGACCAAUAUAUGCGAGGUGGAGAGGGCUUCAUCAUUUGCUAUUCCAUCACGGACCGGCAGUCCUUUCAAGAAGCUUCGGAAUUCAAGGAGCUCAUUUAUCGCGUCCGGCAUACCUACAACAUACCCUUGGUGUUGGUGGGGAACAAAAUUGAUCUCCAGGAGUUUAGGCAGGUUUCCAGAGACGAAGGUAUGCACUUGGCCCAGGAGUACUCCUGCCCCUUCUUCGAGACGUCGGCUGCCUUGCAUUUCUACAUUGACGACGUCUUCCAUGAACUAGUGAGAGAAAUCCGCAGGAGGGAGAAGUCACUGCCUCAGGCAGAGGGAAAAUCGAAAAGCAAAGACAGUUUGUGGCAAAAACUGAAAGGAUCUUUGAAGAAGAAAAGAGAGAGCCCCUCUUGA